GUUGGGGUAGUCAAGUGCUAUAUAAAGCCCUAUUACUUUCAAUUUAUUUACCAGUUUAAAGUUUCGUCAAAAAAUUCUGCAUAUUUCUUUUUUAAUCUGCAGUAGCGACUUCGAUAAAGAGUUUUGGAUAUGAAAUCAGUAUUAUCGAUUACAAUUUUGUGCAUUUGUGUCUGGUGUUCGGUUUCCGUUUUUAAAUUGGAAGCAGAAGCAUUACCGUUUCCAAGAAAAGUAGUGCCAUUUAAUUCCAAGGAGCACAUUAUCCAUGGACCAAGAAAAAGACCAUUUUGCAAUGCAUUCACUGGAUGUGGGAAGAAGCGAUCAAAUCUUCCGGCGCUCACCUCCGAUGGUAUAGAAAUCGAGGAUUCGAUCAACAGUUUACUGGAAUUAAGUGCCGAACCGGCAGUGGAGGACCUCUCGCGGCAAAUUAUGUCGGAAGCGAAAUUGUGGGAAGCCAUACAGGAAGCGAACGUCGAGCUGAACCGACGAAAACAGCAAAACUCCCUGGAAAAUGCGGAAGAUGACGUUGGGAUCCCGGCCAGGAGUGCAACGGCAAACUGCGCAUUGCCGCCAUGUUAUAUCUAAUUCGAAAAUCGAUCACGAUUUGCCUCUCUUGUAUAUCGAACGACGUUAUUCAUAACUUAAAUUUUUGAAAAUGUGUUUACCUAGCCAGAGUAAAUAUGAAUAUGAAUAUAAAUAUGGCCUUUUGUGUUGCGAGACAAAAAUUGUAAAAGUAAUAUGAUAUAAUAAUAAUUUACUACUUAUUUAUGGCUAUGUGAAAAAUAAAUUAUAGGCAUUCUAAUAAUAUAAUAAUUUUUUGAAAAAUGCAGAAAUA